AUGCGUGGAAGUGUGUUUGAGGAUGCAGAUGCGACUGGGAAUGGAUCUUUGCAUUCAAGUCAGUGGCCACAAUCCAUAGAUAGGAGGGAUCUUGGCAAUUCGUCGAGUAACUGGAUUCGACUGAAUGUCGGUGGCAAGAUCUUUCAAACAACUCGCGACACACUUAUGAAGGUUCCUGGCUCUUUUCUUUAUCGCUUGUGUCAGGAUGACAAAAGACUACCUAGUGUCAAGGAUGAAACCGGUGCUUACUUGAUUGAUCGUGAUGCGGAUUAUUUUUCACCCGUUCUUAACUACCUGAGACAUGGUCGACUUAUCAUCAAUCCGGGUCUUGCUGAAGAAGGAGUGCUCGAAGAAGCUGAAUUUUACAAUCUUCCGCAGCUAGUUCAUCUCGUUAACGAAAGAAUUCAUGAGAAAGAAAGAAGUGCCACUGAAGCUGGGGUAAUCAUUUUUUAUUCAUUUUUUAUCAUUAUGAGCUACUGUUUUAAUACUUCGUUUAUUAUCGUCCGGGCAAAAUGUCGACCAAAAUUUUUCUCGCUUGUCUGGGCUUAAUU